GCGUGCGCGCAGCGCGUCCGAUCGAGUUGCACGCUGUGCUUUCACAUGCAGCCACACGCCAAUCGAGCUGCCCGCCGUUGACGGUGGUGGCGGCGGGGGCAGCACCAGCAGCGGGCAGGGUCGGGCGUCGGGGGACGGAGAGGCAGACGGAGAGAGGUGUGGCGGAGGAAGGGCAAGGGACGAUACACGCACAUGUUGCCCGGAAGCUCUGACUCAAUGCCGAAGUGGAGUCCAUAUGGACCACAACUUGGGCGGCAUCUCUCCCCUAAAAGCUGACCAACUCGUCCAAUGCACCCAUCGACGCUCGCGUUUCCCUCAUGUCGGCGUCCAGCCUGCCUGCCUACAGGCCGUCCUCCUUCGCCCGCUCCCCCGCGUCCCCCGUAUACACCCCCGAGCCCCAGGCGUACGAGCAGCGCCUCGCCCUCAACCGCGUACGCGAGCGACCGUCCACCGAAUUCGUAAAGCAGUCCAAGACCGGCGGGCUGAGUCUGCGCCUUAGCGAGCAGGAGGACAAUGCGACGCUGCCCGCGUACGGGUGUGGAGACUCGGUCGAGGGCACGGUCGACCUCGCGAAGCCGGAGAGCGCGAAUUGUGUGGAGGUCAGGGUCGAGGGCAGUCUCCGUCUCAAGGAGAUCGCAGAGGGCGGCACCACGUCCCACAAGCUCUGUCUCUCCGUCGUCACGCUCUGGAACCGUGAAACAGACCGGAGGCCAUGUCCGGCGUCUUUGCCGUUCAGUCUGACGCUUCCCACCACCUUUUCGGACGGCAAGGAAACCUAUCCCCUUCCCCCGACCCACCAAGCACGUCUGCCAGGCGUGCCGGGAUUUGACGCCACGAUAGAAUACAUCGUCUGCGCCGCAGUACACAAGGGGAAGAGUUCCAGCUUGCUACGCAUUGGAAGCAGCACCGUGUGCACGCCCUUCGUUUAUUAUCCACGUUCUCGUCCUGCCGUCCCACUCCCGCGAGCAGCGCGACAGCUCUCUGGAGGCUACCCCACCUUCCUGGACUCACCAGAAUGGCGCUGCUACAGAUCCAUCAUGGCCCCCAAGGUGGCGGGCUUGAACGACAUUUUGACCAAGUUCUACGUCCCCGCCGCUAGAGUCUUCAGCUUGUCGGAGCCCAUUCCGUUCUAUGUCGUGUUCGCAUCAUCAGCCAUUUCGCUCGCAGCCUUCCUGCCCCUCGGGCCAACAACGACUCGGCUAUCUGGCCGCCAACCCACCCGCGUGCAGCUUCUUCGGCAAACAAACGUUGACGUCCGGUAUGUCAUGCCUGUGGGGCCGGGUGCGGUUGCUGAACAUUAUUCCAGGAACGAAGUCGUCUUCGGUACCAAGACGGACAUCUGGCAGACCGUCGAGAUCGGUGAAGGCGCCUUCCGCCAUAUGGGUGACGGCGCGGACUGGAUCUGCUUCGCGGGAGAGCUCCGCGUUAACAGCCAAAUCAAGCUCGGGGGCUUCAAGGCAGGAGGGCUGUCCUUGAAAGACUACCUCGUCUUGUCAAUGACCCCGCCUGAUCCCUCGAAGACACCCUACAGCGAACUGCGCCAGGUGGUCCCUGUCCGUCUGACCACCGACUCGUGGUCGAGCGACGGUGCGGGCCAAACCUUCUCGGCAUCCGAUUAUUCCAUUCCUAUCCUUGCUUCUGAGUCCCGCCAUCCUGUCAACGCACCUGUUCCCGGCUACCGCCCCGCAUGAACGUCCAUCGACUCCUUGCACAUAUCACAGUCCCGCAUCCCGCAACUCAUCACCGCAUCCCGCAUCAUGCACGCAUAUUUUGCAUCUUGUCUAGACUCUCUC